GUAAACAUGAAAGGUGACCACUUGCAAUGGUUUUUCUUAUUCACGGUGCUUCUAACUUUUGCAAGCAACGUGGUAUCUGAAGAAUUUCAAAGAUAUGAGCCAACAUGGAACAGUUUAGAUCGCAGGCCUCUGCCUUCGUGGUAUGACGACGCCAAGUUUGGAAUUAUGAUGCAUUGGGGUCUAUAUUCAGUUCCAAGUUUUGGCAGUGAGUGGUUUUGGUAUCACUGGAAAGGCGAGAAGUCAGCGAAAUACGUCAAUUAUAUGAAGAAGAAUUAUCCCCCGGGAUUUUCGUAUGCUGAUUUUGCACCAAUGUUCACUGCAGAAUUUUUCGACCCAAAUGAAUUUGCAAAACUUGUCAACAGUUCUGGUGCGAGGUAAUGCUAGAAAAUAGUGGAUUGAGGUAGCUUAAGUUCAGAAUCUGUUAACUUUAAGUACAACUGUACACCUGCCGCCUUUUUUUCAGUCAAAUGCCUGAGAUUUUAGCCUUGUUCAAUUGUUUUCCGACCCCCACCCCCCCCGCCGUGGAUGAGCAGAUUCCUAUCACCUAACAAAACUAAGACUUAGCAACCACAAAUUAACUAUAGAGACAGGACAUUAUUCGAGACCAUUUAAGAAACCUGCAGAAAGAAUUUGCCCAAUUUGUAAAACAGAAAUGGAGAACAAAUACCGUUUUCUAAUUAUAUGUCCUGCUUACCACGAUAAAAGAUGUUCGUGACUAAAUUAUUUGGAAAGAGAAUAUAGAAUAUAAAUAAGCAGAAUGUCACCUAACAAAAUAUUCAUGUUUCUAAUAAACCCCCCUAGCGGAAAUGCUAAAAUACAAAAACUAAUGGCAAAACGUGUAUUCGAAUGCUUUGAAAAAAGGAAAGGGGAAGACGGUAGAAAGUAAAUACCCUAGGACUUAAUAUUAAUUAAUAACUUAUUAGUCAUAUAUGGUUAGGAAUUUUUGUUGCUUGUAAUUUUAGUUAUUUGGAAGUAGUUGAUAUACUACUCCAAUUAAAAAAACAUGUAUGUAUGCUUGUAUGUACCACCUCACUUUUUUGUUGGAACCCUUUGAAUAAACCUUUCCUCCCCCCCAUCCACCUUCUCAUAUUUUGUCGGUUCUUUUGAAAAUGGUUUCCUACUAGCUGUCUGCCGAGGAAACUCAUCCAUAGGGGGAUUGGAAUAAAAAUGCAACGUCCCCAUGACCGUCCCAGCGACUUCUGAGAAGACUUCCGAACGUUGCUGAAAAUGUCUAAAGAUGUUCCGACGACCUUUCAGCACUCCCAAAGCUAUUUAAAAGACGCCAAUUAAAUAUUUUUGUGAAAAUUCAAUUGAAUUGUCCUUAUUAGUCAUGUUUUUAAGACCAAUUUUUCAAGAUUGGUGAGUCAGGCAUGAGAAAUGUCUUUAGUCCGCAGGUGUGAGACUCGUGCAUAAUGUGAUACAACUGUGCAUCAUUUGUUUAGCUCUCUCACAUCUGAUUGGCUCGUCCUUUUCAGGUCAGUAAUAACACCCCAGAAAUAUUAUUUCAAGUGUCCCGUUUUUCUGAGUUUCAGCAAUGAUUAAUUUUUAGCAGACUUAUAUUGCAUUUGCCUCCAAAAGGCAAAAAUGUCCAAUGGGAAAAAAUGUUGUUACAGCAAAAGAAACCGUAAUCACAUACUCAAAGUUUUUUCUCCUAGUCACCAGAAUAGAAGAUCAUCAGUUUGUCUCCUGUUUUGAGAACUCUGAUAUUAUUAUUUUAUUUUAUUUUUGUUUAUUUAUAUAUUUAUUUUAGUAGUAUUAUUUUAUUAUUUUAUUAUUUAUUUUAGCUGUUACAGCAGAUACUUAAAAUAAUAAUUUACGAAUUGUGCACUGAUUGCAGAUACUAUGUGUUAACCACCAAACAUCAUGAUGGUUGGACCAACUGGAAGUCCAAUGUGACAUGGAAUUACAAUGCAGUUGAUAGUGGACCACAUAUGGAUCUAGUGGGUGUGUACAUGUUACAUGUCAAAAUUAAAUACCAGUUGAAGUUUUUUAACCUAGGUUGAUUCUCUAUUUCCCUUGUAUUCUAUCUAGCCCUAAUUAUUUUUGAAUCAGGGCUAGGAAACAAAGGAAAAAAUAAAGAAUCAAUCUAGGUUAAAAAAAUUUAAACUGAAUUUAAUUUUGACCUGUAACAUUAUAUAGUAUUCAUAAAAAAGAAGCACAAUCAAACUGCUCCCGCUCCAGUUAUAGGCUCAUUUAUUGUUUAAGUUAAUAUUUUCAUCUUGUUAAACUGAUACAAGUGCAAGGUAUAAAGCUAUAUAUGCUGUGGAUCCGUUUUGAUAGUCUUUGCUGGAGAUUUGUGUAGUCUACAGUUAAUGCUAUUGUGUUCAGUUCUAUUGAAGCACCGUAAUAAUGUUAUUCCAGGAUGAGUCCCAAGUCCCAAAGGAAAGAUAAGAGAUAAGCAAGAGUUUAUAGGAGAGAAUUUCUUUCCAAGACCCUCCUUUAGGAGGUGAUAACCAUGUAGAUGAUUGAUUUUAUUUUUCUCUUUACUACAAGUAACAAUAUUUUGCUCAACAGCUGCUCUUGCUAAAGCCUUCCGUGAAAACACCAAGGAUGUUCACUUUGGCUUGUAUUUUUCACUGUUUGAUUGGUUUCAUCCACUGUACCUUAAAGACAAAGAAAAUCAAUAUCACACACAGGAAUAUGUAAAGGUCAGUGAAACGUUUAUUAAUACAUAUUUAACAGUUAAUGAAUGAGGCUGAGUAUCUUAUGAAGAAUUGUGGAGAUCAAGGAGGGUGUUAUCCGUCGAGGCCGUAGGCCGAGGCAGAUAACACCCUCCGAGAUCUCCAUAAUUCUUCAAAUGAUACGAAAGCCGAAUUCAAUAACUGUUUUAUUAUUCAUUCAAAAUAAUUCCUAGUUUCAAAACAUAGCUAAAACAUGCUUACCUCCAUCGAUCCAUCGAUGUUCAGUUCAUCUUCGAUAGUGUACGUUUAGGUUUGUCCAGCUCUGCAAAUAUUCUCCAAAUAGCAGAUGUCGCCCUUCGAGUUGUCUUCUUGCUGUUCUUGCCAUGUUUGUAGCUAUUUUUUCGCCUAGUUAUUACUCUUGAAACGAGUGAAAUGUCCGCCAUUUUUUCAAGUUCACAACCAAAACAACUCAACCUCAUCCCCAGGUCUUCUCGGUUAACAGUGCCUUAACCUGCGAAGACGCUGCAUUUUUGACGUCAUUUCCUCGUUAAAGUCAAAAUUCUUCCAAAUUUGGUCAUCAGUAACUGGUUAUGGUGAAUUAAACGUGUGCUUUUAGCCAAUCAGAAUCGGAGAAAUAUUUUGAAUGAAUAAUAAUGUGUCAGGUGUGUUUAAGCCUUUCAAACAAUAUAUAUCAGUAAAUAAAAUACAUAGUAUUAUGCCAAAUACAUCUAAUAUUAAAAAUAGUAUUAAAUUGUACUGAUAAUAAUGUUGAAACUGACGGAAUAUAAACAAUAAUAUUGUUGCUCGUGGAAAUAUCUGAUUGUUUUAACAAUCAGUAGGAUGCUUAGCUUAGAUGCAUGCAAUUCCACAAUAAUAGGCUGGCCACUUGCACCAAGAGGUCACAUGACCAGCGCUUCCUUUUAAAAAACAAUGACUUGGAAUCCUGUUGAUGACAAAAAUUGACAGAGCACUUAAAAAUUAUCUUACACCCGAAAUUUGACAGGAAACGCAUUUAAGGGAGAUAUUUUAUGGCACUUUGAUUUUCAGCAAAGAAGUAUGAUUUGUAUUGGCCGCCAUGUUGGAAGGCAUACUCUUGCCCUCCAGCUUGGCGGCCAAAACUACUGUUUGCUGGUAUGUUGUUAAACAUUUGAUAGUUAUGCUCAGAUGUGCUUUAAACGUUACCGCAUCAUCUUUUCAACAAUGUCCUUGAAGUUUAAGUUGAAAAUUUCUGUUCUGAAAGAGGUAAUUCAUAGUUUUAAAAAUCACGUCUUGUUCAUGUGACCAGCUAUGAACUUACUCAUUUUAAAAAAAUUGUGCCGGUUUGGAAAACUAAAUCACUAUUAUUUUGUUUAAGGUAUGACUGGCUAAUCGUUUUCUGAAGGCAAAUCAUAUAACUUUCAUUUUCAUAAAAAUUAUGUUACAUGACCUCUUAGUGCAAAUGGCCUAUUGCCAACCAAUUUUAUUAUUGGUUUCAGAUGCAUUAUAUCCUAUAUUCAUUAUAUUGCACUACCAUUUUAGGAGAAGCCACUGAUAUUGUGAGAACAGUUACUAACAGGACAUAACUAUCAAAAUAGCCUCCCUGCAGACGUCCUUUGGGGUUCGUUUGUACGCAUUCAUUUCUCCCCCACGGGGAGAAAUGAGUGCGUUACAAACGAACCCCAAAGGACAUCUGUGGGAAGGCUACUAUUACAAAGGAAAAAAAAAUGCAUUUAUGUAAUCUCUGUGUUGCAUUAGAAAGUGAGUGAAUUACUAAAUAAACCAUUAACCAAAUGUGUGACUUAAAUUUAAAAUCCCAUGUCAACAAACAACCCAGAAAUUAAUAAUGCAGCUCAAUCUAUUAGUUUUUAAAUUAAGGUGACUGUUAAUGAUGUUAUUGAUGUUGUGGUUUUUUUGUGACUGUAGGCAGUAUCUGUGCCUCAGAUUUAUGAUAUUGUAACUACGUACAAACCUGAUGUGUUGUGGACUGAUGGGGAUUGGGAAGCAAGUUCAGACUACUGGAUGAGCAAAGAGUUUUUGGCUUGGCUUUAUAAUGACAGGUUUGUGCACAAGAUGAAGAUUGUUCUAAACUACAUGUUCAAGUUAUCUCUUACUCCCUGGAUAUGUGGUCAUACAUGCAUAUGAUCGUAGGGUCAAAGCAGGACAAGAAUAUUAAGUUGUGCAAAAAGUUUCAGGCCGCUGAGAGACAGCGAUGGCAUGGGUUUCACUUACUUGUUUUUUCUCUGCUUGCCCACCUUUUUUGCUUGUCUGCACUGACCAAGAGCCUCAGUCGGUGGCACAGGCUGGCACAACACCCUACCGAAAAUUAUAAGGCGAGUAGAGAUGCUCAGUGAAUUUAAAAUCAAGCUAAAGCACCAUUUUAAACAGUGAUGCCUGCAGUACAUGUUGCCUUUGUAACAUCAGUGACACACUCGCCUGUGGCUCGUUGCCACUUCAUUGUUUUUACCACAUUUUGACAUCAUCUGUGAUCUAUUACUGAACAGACGCAUGGCAACAUGGAAUCUAUUUGUUAAUUAAAUGUUGCAUUGUCUAACCUUUCAAGAUAUUUACUGUGUGGCACAAAAUUUUGCAGGAAUAUAUUUUUGGGCAUUGGCAACUAACCAUCACUUUUUGUGUUUUGUGGGAGCUAAUUUUUUGCGAUAAGGACAGAUUGGUUUUUCUUACUGGGAAUAAAUUUUUGCAAUUUUCACAAAGUCCUGGACAAAUCGUUGAGAAUAUAUAUAUAUAUAUUUUUUAAUACAUGCAAUGAAAAUAUAAAAUACAUGAUUCAAACAAUAUACUAGGGUGGGUACACCCUAUGCACGGUAAAUCCGGUGUUUAUUAUUGUAUGUUUGUGAACGAAAGAGACUUCUAAUUGAUCACACAUGAUGUCUUAGCACUGUAUUUUUGUGUAGCGAAUUAAAGUGAGAGAUUAUUUACUUUGGAGUAAAUUUUUGUGGGAAAAAUGUUUGUGGUAAUUUUUUGGGGGGGGAACUUAUUUUUGCAGAUUGCUGGAAAAAUCACAAAAAUCACAAAAAUUACAACCCAUAAAAAUUUUGUGCUACACGGUAGUCUUUGCACUUGAAGGUUUGUUCUGUUAUUUACAUGUUUUUCAAUUCUUCAAAGAUUAUUUAAUAAUCUUUGAAGAAUUGAAAUACAUGUAAAUCACAGCAAAUUCAACAUGUUGCACCCAUUGUCAUGCUACUUGAGUUUCACAAGUUACAGUUAUUAGUUAGCAAAGCAUACCUUCCAGGAUGUUAAUUAUUUAUCAUGCUGCAUUUUAUGAGUUGGAAGAUAAUGUUCUGUAUUAUUAAAGUUUUUUCCCUUGUAUCCUACAGUCCUGUUAGAGAGACAGUGAUUGUAAAUGAUCGCUGGGGAAAUGAUUCUCGUUAUCAUCAUGGUGGAGUCAUGACUGAUCCUGACCAUUUUAACCCCAGUAAGUCAUCUUCCUACAAAAUAUUCACAAUAACCUUCCCUUUCCUUUUUAUACGCUCAUCAGUUUGCAGAGUCUCAGUCAUAUAAUAUAUUUUAAAUUUGCCAACGGAGCUCAGUGGGCUAAUAUAUAUUGCAAACACGAGGACAUAAAGAAAAAAUUUGUCAACAAGGUUGUUAAAACUAUAAAACAAACACUGAAUGUCCUACUUACAGUAAAUCAGUACAUUACAGGGGCGUAGCGUCCUUGGCACAAAUACGCACGUGCGUACUUGAGAAAUUGGUAGGAUUUUUUUAAAAAGAUUUUCUGUUAUUAGUGAAAGCCAUUUAUAGUGUUGUGACUUGACCUUGUAUUGUGCAGAUUUGCUCCUGUCUGUCGAAGUCUCGCUGUUAUUCCGCAUCGUUUAUACACUAAAGAAACAGCAGUUUGAGUAGUCGAAUGUGAUAAAUUUGAAACAUUCUUGAAAUGUUUGCCUUCAGGCGAUCCCACAAUACAUUGCGUUUUCAUGAAAAACGAAGGGGGACUGGGGAAAUUCAUGCAAACACGUUUUCAAGAUUUAUCUGGAAAGUUUUCCGAUUCCAAAGCUAUUGAUUUUUUAAUUUUCUCUGUCUAUAAAUGUCGAAAAGUCUAACAAUCAAGACUACUUUAAUGUCGCUCAACUACGUAGGAAACCGUGGACCAGACCAUGCGGAAAAUUUACAAACACUCACACGUCGCAGUUCUUUCAACCGAUGCAUAUAAACUCCAAAUUUCUGCAACAAAAAGUACGCUUCAAGUGGACAUUUUUCAGAUCAAAUUAGGUGUCUAGGAAACUGCCCACCUACUAGCCUGCGAAAACAUCCGUUUCUCCUCGCUCUUCGCCGCUGGGGACGUUUCGCGAGGAGGAACGUCUGCGACUCAGCGACAGAAAUUCCAUACUGAUGACGCAAAAUCUGUCCGGAAUCUGGUCAGAAGCGCUGAUUGGUCGACAGAGUAGUUACAUUGUUUUAGCUAUUGUUUACGAAUGACAGACAAAAGACAAAAGGCCACAGAGGUCAAAUGUAAACGCGAAGAAUCUCUAGCAAAACAGUCAAUAUUUGUUGAAUAUACUCUUCUCUAGAAGAAGAAUUUGAGUUCUGCUGGAGCUCGUUGGCAGAUGAACACAAAAAUUUACCAAAAUCGACCAGAAGACACGUAAAACUGUACAAAUUUGUAUUUGGAACCCCAUGACUACCGGAUUUAUUAUGUAAACAUUGAUUUGCGUCAUCAGUAUGGAAUUUUUGCCACUGAGUCGCAGACGUUCCUCCACGCGAAACGUCCCCAGCGGCGAAGAGCGAGGAGAAACGGAUGUUUUCGCAGGCUACCCACCUACCCAUCCCCGUUUUUCCCAAAGUGAGAAGUAAGUGCUAAUGUUAGCUUAGGGGAGUGGUAGGUGGGCAGUUUCCCAGAAAUCUAAAUUUAUCGCAUUUUUCUUGAGCGACAAGCAUAAAAAUAAAAGCGACGGUGGAGCUAAUCUUUUGUUCUUAACAUAAAAUGUUUUGCUAAAUUUUCGUUUAGCACUUGAAGGAAACAUCUCAUUUGAAACAGGUUUUGAAUUUCGUGUGAAUUAUUCAGAAAGUUUAUUUAAGGAAGGCGCUUUGCCGUGUGCUGGUAAACAUUCCAGUACCAGCUCAAAGAAGAACGUUUUAAUAGCCUGUCUAAUAUCAUGUUCUGAUGUAAACAAGCCUAUAAACUGCCGAAAAAUGUAUUAAAGGAGAGCAAAUCCCCCCCCCCCCCUGGGGGGCGGUACUCCUUAUAAGAGGCUAAUGGGCAUGUGCCGCUGGGUGGACUCGCAUUUUUACGACUGAUUUAUUAACUAUAAUGGGGUCGCAUUUUCAACAGAGUUACUAGAAUAUGGGGUCGCACAUUUCGGAUUUGUUGGGUAAGGACGUUCUUCAUAAUUAAGAUUAGCAAGCUCACCAGAAUGUUUGUACUGUAGGGCGUACUUGCCAAAAUGGUCACGCUACGCCCCUGUGACAUCAAAGAUGUACAGUAGGGUGAAAUAAUUGCAAAUAGAAUAAUUACACAAUUAGUAACAAGGCAAGAUGGUGUUGUUAUAAAAUAUCCACACUUUUAAUUGAGGACGCUUUUUGUCAGAAUGGACCGGCCAGACUGUUCUUGUCAUAAAGCAAAAUUUCACUUAAUCAAUACUAUCCAGCCAGAUCAGGUAAAUCCCAAAUAGUAGGUAUGAGUGAGAUUAUUUUCAGCAAAAACUCUUUUAAAACCCUAUUUCAUUGUCAAGAAGAGUUGUCUAUCCAUGGCCUGGUGGGUCAGACAGUUCUGACUUUUGGAAAGUGUCCUAAGAUCCAUCCCUGUGUAGCUUACUCACACAAUCCUUUUGUUUGCUCUUGGCUAGACCGCAAGCGGUCAAUUUUCUCUCCUCAUUACCGGGGCCCAGCCGAAGGCUGGCACCGGUCUUAAAAUGCAGACCGUCCGUUUUUUCAACGUUACAUUGUUAGGGAUAUAUCGCUGACUGAGAUAUAUCGCUGGCUCAUUGAAAUCUUAUCCGCCAUUUUGAAAAGAAGAGGCAUGGAGGACAGUCAAGAGAAAGAUUAUAGCUUUUUUGGGGAACGACACGUUCCCCCAACCCAACUAGUUUAUGAGCGAAAAUUUAAGAGUGAAUAUUUGGAGAGACAAAUUUACGAGCGAUCACUUCUGAGACUGAACCUUCCAUCGUGAAACUUAUCGAGAAAUUGAGUGAACCUUCCAUCGUGAAAUUUAUCGAGAAUCAAAGCGAACACUUAUCAAAAUUUGUCUUCAAAAAGAUUUCAAUGAUUGACAUACCGAAGACUUCAAAGCUCCAUCGCUAUGUUAAUAAGGUGAGAAAACUUUAUCAUGCACGAUAUAAAUGUAAUAACAAACGCGAUCCAAAGAUAAUUAACUUAAAUAAAAUGGCUAUACCCAAGAAAGCUUAUUUGUUGUCUUUCUUUAGCAGGCAUUAUCACAGGAUAAUGAAACUAAAAAUAAUGUAAAGCACGUCGAUCUUUAUCAUUGUUUUCUUGCAAUUGUGUGAGUCAUAUGACCAAUUAUGUGAAUUUCAAACUAAGUAAAGAUGUUGAGAAGAAUCCAGGACCUACUCAAUACAACACUGAUCAUCAUGAAGUAAUAAUUAGACCUUCUAUGCAAAAUCACAGCUCAACAUUGGUUGAGGUCACACUAGAGACUUUACUAUGGUAAAAAAGGGCUUUACUAUGGUAAGUCUCGCAACGUCUUCUUUACCGUAGUAAACCUGACAGGUCCACUUAAAAGGCAUUUGAAACUUUCCAGGCGUUUUUUCUCGCGUGAUCGGUAACGUGAGAGUGAAAAGUAAAACAAAUGAUGACCUGCUAUGAGAGCUGACUAAAUUGAAAUUACUGAACUGUAACUUCCUGAGCAUGACCCUCACAAGUGUACAAAGAUGCUUCAAUGUGAGAGAGUAUUGUUUUCUGUUGUGAGCAUUUUGCUUUUAAUUCUGCUGCUCAGACGAGCAAGAAGAAUGCGCUCCCUUAUUACCUACCUUGGUUUCGAAUACGAAGUUAGUGAAGAUGUUUUAGUGACAGGUUUAUUGAUUACUCAUCGAAGACGUAUUCUUAGAGAAAGAGCGGCAUUGCGAAGGCAAGCGUGGGUUUAACCUCGACCCCAGGAAUGGUUUGAAGAAAUGUACAGAAACAGAAACCUUCAAGCACUGUGGAAAAAGCAAUCACCGAUGUUCUAAAGCUAUUCUGUUAUGUGACCCUUUUUGAAACUACUUUCCUCAAAAAUCAUGACAAACUGUCAACAAAACAAACAAAGUUUAGAUAGACUAGAGAUAUACCCACCUAUUUUUUUUGGUAACCAGAUGGUUAUCGGUGAUGGGUCAUCUUUGUUCUUUCCGCGGUAGUCAUGGAAAUUAACCAGGGUAGAGUUUACCAUUGUAAACUGAAAAAUGCCGGUCACACUUACGGCGCCGUUUACUAUGGUAAACUUGAGUUUACUAUAGUAAACUUUCUCUAGUGUGACCUCAACCAAUGCAGUUGAACUCUCCUAUUUCCUCUGAGAAUUUGAUGCAGUCAAGAUUAGGUGCACUUUGUUUACAAUCAAUAGAUGUUGGCGGUGCAGGUGAUUGUUUCUUUAGAUCUGUAUCACAUCAAUUAUAUGGCAAAAGCAACCAUCACAUGCAUAUACGUACUGCUGGGGUUCAAUUUAUGAGAGACAAUCCUGAGAGAUUUAUUGAGAGCAAUACCGAAAAUUCGUGGAUAAGAUAUCUGAAUAAUAUGUGUAUUCAAGGUACAUGGGCUGAUGCACUUAUCAUUCAAGCAGUUGCAGAUAUACUACUGUUUACCCAGUUCAGGAAAGAAAUACUUCCUCUACAAUAAUUACUAUAGGCCAUAUUGAUGAAUGCCACUAUGUAUCAACCACUGCCUUACAAUCAAGUGCCUCCAUUUCAAUGUGCAAUGAAUUAACAAAUGAUACUCAGUCAUCAAUAAAUAAGCAUUUUAUUGUGUCUGUAUAUAACACUGGAUGACAUUUUUUACAGUGCAAGACAACAAUCCAUGACCACAAAGAUCUAUUUCAAAAAUGUCUUAUGUCUGUUAUCAUUUCAAAUUCACAGUGUUUUCGCAAAAAAUAGAUAAAUGUGAUUAAUAAAUCUCAAUGAUAAACCUGAUGAUAACGUACUUGAGAAAAUGUGAAAUUGUGAUAAUUCUGUAACAACCUUCUUUGCAAACUUUGUCAUUACCAUUCAACCCAAAACUGUCAGUGAUUUUUGCUUUUUCACUCAAACUUAAAAACAAAUGAAAACCUUAUACAGAUCACACUUAUUGACAUCACAGUGUUACUAAAAACACUACUAUAACACAGACCGUUAGCUGUAAUAACACUGAACAAACUUACAACAACAUCCUCCUUUCUCAUGCAUUUUGUUGCUUUUCUUCUGCAUGAGUUAAUUCAGACUAAGUAUUAGCCUCCACAGAGGAGGGGGGAGGGGUGCGAGAGGUAAACUAUAUCUAUGCAAUCCCGUAUCCCACUGGGCCCCGGUAAGUUCCACGUAGUGGUUCUAGUUUCCUUUAUUCCCGCUUCACCUUUUUCGAGCUGUCAAGAGGGAGUUAAUAACGGUCUUUUAUCAGUUGGAUUAGAAAAUUCUCUCUCUGUCCACAGUUUGCAGCAUAUGCGCGUAUUUUAGCCUUUGCUUUCUACAAUGUACACUGUAGUUGUGGCCACAAUCAAAAUUGAUAAAAAAAAAAUUGCUGGGUACAGUUUAAAAUGUGGGAAUAAUUCAUCUGCAGCAGAAGAGUUAGAAUGACAUAUCAACGUGUAACCGUCACAUGACUAAAAACAAAUCAAACAAUGAAACAUUUAAAGAACCAAUUCAACUGAACAUCUAAGUACCUUGUGGAUAUGACGGCUUGUGUCUACUCUUCUAGAGGUGUUACAGGAGGAAAAGUGGGAAGAUGCCACAAGCAUUGACAAGGGCUCUUGGGGAUAUAGACGAAACGCCAAUGUCGAGGAUUUGCACAGCACUUAUGAACUAAUUACGCUUCUUGUUCAAGCAGUGAGGUAAGAAAAGAGAAAAUGAUGAUCAGCGAUUUUGUGCUGUAUUUAGGGUUAGCCUGCGGUGCAGGCGUUUUCUUCGGGCACCCAAAUGUUUUUGCCCUCGAAAGCGCCUAGUUGAAACUUCCCGAAGAGAGGAGGAAAUGGGGCUUUCUUCUCUCCCCAAUCUUCCACUGUCAUAAAAUCAAAGAUGGCGGCUACAACAAUAGUUUCACCCACCCAAAAUACGCCUGCACUGCAGGCUAUGUUUAGGGUUUGCUUGAAAGGCGUGGAUGGAAGCCAGUGGUUUCCGGCACCCCAUUGUGAAUUAGCCUCCUUGAACUAGUUUGCCCCGUGAGAAAUAUAGUUCGCCUCAUAAUGAUUAGUUAGCUCUGCAAAAUGUUCUUUGUAACGUAACCUGGUUGAAAGAGAUUAACCGGUUUAGUUUCUCUAAGCAACCGGACUCAAUUUACACUUUUACAGCGCCCUUCGAUGUCGGGCUGUGCUUGCGUGCGGGGCUAACUCGGAAAGUAGGGGCGAACUUGUAGGGGACCAAUUCACUAGGUGGCGAACUCACUUAUAUAAGGCACAGAAUUUAAUACACAGACUGUGUCCAUUAUCAUGCCUUCUUAUAUAGUAAAAUGUAUAAAUCGCUUCAUUAUAUUUUGUUCAGUUGUGGUGGAAACCUCCUGUUGAACGUCGGUCCAACUAAAGAGGGCACUAUAGCACCCGUCUUUCAGGAAAGGCUUCUUCAAAUGGGACAGUGGCUUGAAAUAAAUGGUGAAGCAAUUUACUCAACAAAACCAUGGCGAGCUCAGAAUGAUACAGUGGCUCCUAAUGUCUGGUAAGUUGGAAAAUAGACUAUGUGGCCACUUUCCAUUGAAGAAAAAGUUAAACUGACUGUUUCUAUUACCAGUGGGCCCUUUUGGUACAAAAAUGCCUGUUGGAGUGUUACGAAAACCUUGAAACAAGAAGAACAGAAGGGCUUUAAUAACGAUAUGAAGCUGUAAUUUCCGUUGUUUGCCUUGUCUCAGAGAGUUUCUUGCGCAACAACGAGCGAACACGUGAGCGACUGGCUGCAAAUUGUAAAGGGCCCCAAAACUUGCAGCCUUUGGUUGCAGAUGCCUAAAAUGAGGAAGAAUUGAUAACGCAGUAUUUAGGUUAAAUUUAGAGGGUUCAUCCUCCGAAACUUUAUAACACUUUUCGGUCACUUUAGUUGUUGGUAGAAAUAUAUGUCGCAGAUUCGUUUGUUCUUUUUAGAGCCGAUGAUUAAUCAAUUCUCCAAGAAACAGCGAACUGUUUUCAGUGACAACAAUAAAAAAAAGAACUUUUUUUCUUCUGGUCCAAAGCUGGUUUUGCAGAUGGAUAGUGUCAACGCUUUUUGGUACAUGUCAGUACAUGCAAAAGUUAAUUUUAUUGUAUUUGCCAUUGGUUAGUCCCGUGAGCCAGCUUUUUUCUUUUCUUCGUUCUUCUCGCUUGGAUCAAGGGCUGGGCCGCGAGAAAGAAGCUCAAAUAUCAGUGGCGGAUUCAGACCACAAAAACAAUUUUUUUUCGGCCCUUAGGGCCUCAGUUUGGUCUCAAAAAAAGGGGGAGCUUUGGUCCGCGGGCCCCUCCCCUGGAUAUCGUCGAGGCUCCCCUACUGUUACUACGUGUAGGUCAUUAAGGAUAUGUUUUUGGAGCCUAAUCGGUAUAUUUUUUAACAUCUUUUAGGUAUACUACAAAGUAUACGAAACCUAAUGACGACAUGGCGUAUGCUAUUAUUUUAAAUGAGUUCCCGACCACGUCUAGCAUUGUGCUGGGAGAACCUGUCACCACAAAAAACACUGUUGUGACGAUGCUAGGAGUGGAAAAAGAUCUGAAAUGGAGCCCAUCUUCAGAGAAAGGAGGCAUUGAAAUCUUCAUUCCGCCGUACUUCCAGCUGCCGUGUUCCUAUGCUUGGGUUUUUAAACUGGAAAAUGUCGUUUAA